AUGAGUUCAGUUGCAGUUUCUGAUAAAAUAGUCUGUCAGAUUUGCUUUACUGAGUUUCAUAUGCUUAUUCCGUUUUCUCUAGAUCUUCUGAAUUUCAACGUUUAUGAGAUUAAUGAUUAUUCUAAUUCUGAAUUCGUUGUGAGACAGCGACGAUCGAAGAGCUUCUGUAUUUCCAAUUGCCGAAAAAUUAGCUCAAGCAAGUCAGAAGUAUCCACUUCUCUGACAAAGUUCUGCAGGUCUACUAAGGUUUCGGCCUCAGAUUCUGAUGCGAGUAAAAUAACAGCUUCAUCUUCGUCGUGUGUAUCCAUUGACUCUGUCUCCAGCGGCAUCGCCACUUCGCGGGAUAGAAUGGGUCGGGAGAAGAGAAACAGAUUGUUGGCUAACGAGUUCAAGCCGAAUAUUGCACCGGCUUACAUACGCCGCCGAGCUGAAGCCAUUCUCAGGGUUUUGUCUCACGAAUCCGCUUCUGAAGUUAGGAUUCGCCAGCUGAUCGGCAAUAGUCCUGAUACUAGCAAAGCCUUAAGAAUGUUGCUGAAACAAGGAAAGGUGAAGAGGUCAGGGGAAGGAGGUCGCUCAGAUCCCUAUAUUUACGUGGCUAUUUCCCCAA